CACGGAUCACUUCAUGGGGUGGGAGAAGCUGCACAAAUUAGUCUUGGUAUCGCAAAAGGAAUCGAGUAUCUUCAUGAGGGUUGUAGCCAUCCAAUCCUGCACUUUGACAUUAACCCUCACAAUGUUUUGCUAGAUGAAACCUUCACUCCAAAAAUUUCAGACUUUGGACUCGCCAAAUUAUGUUCCAAGAAUAUUAGUGUAGUGUCCAUGACAGCUGCUAGGGGAACCUUGGGAUAUAUGGCGCCUGAAGUUUUGUCACGAAAUUUUGGGAAUGUUUCUCUUAAGUCUGAUAUUUAUAGUUAUGGGAUGUUGUUGCUAGAGAUGGUUGGUGGAAGGAAGAAUGUAGACUCAUCAUCUGCAGAAACUUUCCAUAGUUUAUACCGAGAAUGGAUUUAUAAUUUAUUGGAAGGAGACAUAUAUAUGAAUAUUGAAGACGAAGGUGAUGCGAAGUUUGCAAAGAAACUCGCAAUUGUCGGACUUUGGUGCAUUCAGUGGCAGCCAAUGAAUCGUCCUUCCAUUAAAACCGUCAUACAAAUGUUGGAAACAGAAGAUGACAGCCAAUUAACUUUUCCACCUAAUCCUUUUCAUUCCACAAAUUCCAUUACCACCAGUGAAGGCUCUUUAGCAAGACGACCUUUUCAAUUUCAAAUGGAAGUGAUUCAAGAAUAAGGGAAGAUUAUCAUGU